CCUCCCCCUAUUUCCUUCAGAUUAGGGUUUUUUUCUUCAUUAAUUCUUGUGGGGAUUUGGUUUAAUGCCUGUUCAAGGCACUACAAUGGUUGGUCUUACUACCGAAGGUCGAGUACCCUACUCGUUUGCCUUAGAAUACGAAGGUCCUCCAAUACCACAUCAUGAUCUUCCACGAGCUCUUCCAAUUGAUAUUCAUAAGAUUCCUGUUGCUGCUGUGCUUCCCAACUCAUGUUUCUCUGAUAAUCUUAUCAACACUACUGGUAAACCCUCUAUGCCUGUUGUACAACCCAUUCUUGCAUCCGACAUCACCACCAACUUCGCCAAAUUAGGUACUACGCAAGCUAUUAUUUCUCCAACUUCUGUGAUUUCCUUUAGAAAUGAGGAAAAUUGUAAUGGGAAUGAUUCCAUUUCCAAAGACCUAGAAACUGAAACCACUGUUUCUCCGGCUCAUGACGGUGGUUUUGAGGAGCGAAGCUCCAGUAAUCGUGAUGUGUUUAUAAGCUCAGGCGAGUUUUUGGAUAUGAUUAACAGCUCGGCCGGCCUUGGCUCAUCUUCUUUGAGCCAUGACCAUUCAUAUGAGUUAUCAGGCAGGGGUGAGAGUUCAGGUACUUUGGGCUUCUCAGAUAGUUUUGGUAAAUCAAGGGAUUUUUCUGGAAAUUCGCUUGCUUUUAGAGCUUCCAAUGCUUGCAAAGAAAGCCUAGAUUUCAAUGAAUUGAAUCAUCCUGAUUGGGUAUCUAGUGGCUCACGGUUGAGCUUUGAGUAUCCUUCUUCACGGGUGUCGUCUCUCAAGACUGGGGAUUGUAAAGAGGAAUCUGUUUGUGAUUUAAGAAGAAACAACCCAGUUAUUACGUUUCGUGAUAUUGAGUCUGAGGAUGAGGAUUUUCUUGAGGAUCUUAGUCAACCUGAACCUGAGAUUGCUCGACUAAAGAGAGAACCAGAAGUGAAAACAAGAAAAGGGGCUUGCUAUCGAUGUCUUAAAGGCAACCGGUUCACGGAGAAGGAGGUCUGCAUGGUUUGUAAUGCCAAAUAUUGUGUUAACUGUGUGCUUAGAGCAAUGGGAUCUAUGCCAGAGGGAAGAAAGUGUGUUACUUGCAUCGGCUAUUCGAUAGAUGAAUCAAAGAGGGAUAAAUUGGGGAAAUGUUCUCGAAUGCUAAAGCGGUUACUUAAUAGCUUGGAGGUUAGACAGAUAAUGAAGGCUGAGAAACUAUGCGCUGUAAAUCAAUUGCCCUCAGAGUAUGUUUGUGUAAACGGCAAACCUCUUUGUCACGAGGAGCUGGCUAUACUGCAAAGCUGCCCGAAUCCUCCGAAGAAGCUUAAACCUGGCAAUUAUUGGUAUGAUAAAGUAUCUGGUCUUUGGGGAAAGGAAGGCGAGAAGCCUUCAAAGAUUAUUAGUCCCCAUCUAAACGUUGGGGCCCCAAUUUUGUCUGAUGCUAGCAAUGGGAACACCGGAGUUUUUAUAAAUGGCCGUGAGAUAACAAAAGUUGAGCUAAGAAUGUUGCAGCUAUCUGGAGUCCAGUGUGCUGGAAACCCACACUUUUGGGUGAAUGAUGAUGGUUCGUAUCAGGAAGAGGGACAGAAAAACACCAGAGGAUAUAUUUGGGGAAAGGCUGGAACGAAGCUGGUUUGUGCAGUGCUGUCACUUCCAGUUCCAUCGAAGUCGAUUUAUCCUACUGGAGAGCAAUUGAGUAACACACUUGGUCAAUCGGUGCCAGACUAUUUUGAUCAGAGCUUGCCGCAGAAACUUCUUUUAAUUGGAUGUGGUGGAUCUGGUACAAGUACCAUUUUCAAGCAGGCGAAAAUUCUGUAUAAAGAGAUCCCUUUCACCGAGGAAGAACGAGAAAAUAUCAGGUUCAUAAUCCAGAGCAACGUCUAUGGCUACCUCGGAAUACUCCUUGAAGGGCGUGAGCGUUUUGAAGAUGAAGCAUACAAUGAGAUGAAGAAAAAUCAAUCUUCCGAUACAUCUGGUUCUACUGGAGCCGACGAUGAGAAAACCAUCUAUUCCAUCUGCCCAAGGUUGAAAAUGUUUUCUGACUGGCUUCUUAAAACUAUGGUGGCUGGUAAUUUGGAAGACAUAUUCCCAGCUGCCACUCGGGAAUAUGCACCAGUCGUUGAGGAACUGUGGAAUCAUCCAGCAAUGCAGGCCACAUACAAGAGGCGAAGUGAAUUGGAUACACUCCCCAGUGUUUCUAGUUAUUUCUUGGAGCAGGCUGUCAACAUAUUGAGAGCAGACUAUAUACCUUCAGAUGUCGAUAUCCUGUAUGCCGAGCAUGUUACUUCUUCAAACGGGCUUUCUUGUGUCAACUUCUCAUUCCCUCAGUUAUCGCCUGAUGAAAGCAAUGACACCGCUGAUCAACAUAAUUCUCUACUUAGGUUCCAACUAAUUAGAGUGCAAGCAAGAGGGUUGGGCGAAAACUGCAAAUGGCUGGAUAUGUUUGAAGAUGUUCGAGUUGUCAUCUUCUGUGUUUCCUUGAGUGAUUUUGAUCAGUAUGCCGAGGAUGGAGAUGGGAAUUUGGUGAACAAGAUGUUGCUAAACAGGAAGUUUUUCAAAAGCAUCGUGACACACCCGACGUAUGAUCAAAUGGAGUUUCUUCUAGUACUAAACAAAUUUGAUGUGUUUGAGGAAAGACUCGAACGUGUUCCUCUAACUUGCUGCGAAUGGUUUGGUGAUUUUCGACCAAUAGUGAGCCGCAACAGCCACAACAAAAACAUCAGUAGCACCAACAUUAACCAUAGCCCUUCCAUGGGACAAAUGGCUUCACAUUAUGUUGCUGUGAAGUUCAAGAAGCUGUAUUCAUCGCUUACUGGUCGUAAACUGUUUGUAUCGGUGGUUAAAGGUUUGGAGCCCAACAGUGUUGAUCAAUGUCUCAAAUAUGCAAAGGAGAUACAGAAGUGGGAUGAAGAGAAACCAAACUUCAGCUUGAAUGAAUAUUCUAUGUAUAGUACAGAAGCAAGUUCAAGCUCCGAAUGAUCCAACCCAACCCAACCCAGAUUUAGCAGAAAAAUGUACAUAAAAGGCUGGUUGCAUGAACAGAAAGGCAGGUGUCAGGGUAUGUUUUGAUUCAAUUCAUUAGGCGUUUGAUUGAGUUGUAUUAUAGGAAUGUCGAAAAUGAAUCGAAUAUUAGGCAAUACAAGUGUAUCUAUCUAGAUCGUCUUUAUUUGCUUGUCUAACUCUUACGAGAAAGUUAAGUUAAUUUUUACUGGAAGGGAGC